AAUUUCCUCGCGCUAUCGAUCACUUCGCUGUGGAUCGUCGCCGGGAUUUGACCCUUAGCCGAGACGACGGGAGCCGCCGUCACCCAGGGACGAGUCGUACCCCUGUUCUAGGACGAGUUCGAGACAAGCCAGCGUUGUGGUGAGACGAACGAGACUUGUGUAAAGCCACCGAUUUCGUCGGUCGGAUGAGUCGCGCGUGCGAGAGUUGCAUUUAGAGGCCUUUUAUCCAUAAAAGCAAUAAUUUCUUAACGACUCCCACGCAAAUAAGGUGCAUAUAAUCUAAAGGUACAUUUGAUACUAAACCUAAAUUAUUAAUCAUUGUUAAUAUUGUUUCCCUCUUAUGAUAAUCUAUAUCCGUUUGAUUCAGAAAAUCCGUAUCAGUUCGAAGACGACUCGGAACAUGUUCAACAAAAGAAACUGAACCAUUUUUAUAUACGCCAUAAAUACAACAUUUGGAACAACUGGCAUACCCGGUGUGACCUUUAGUGGACAAUAUAAAAGAUUUUGCCGGAGCAUCACAAACAAUUCCAUAAAGUGAAACUUGUAUAGGCAAUUUAUCAUUUAUACUAAUUAAUUCAUGAACAAAUUCUUUUAAAAAAUCAUUAGCACUGUUCGGUUUGUCAUUUCCGUAGUAACAGCCCACCAUAUAAACUUUUUUCAAAUGUACUUCUGAUACUAAAAUAGGCCAAAAUGAAACUUUAGAAAUCUUGAUAAAGGUAAACCAUCUACGUUGAUGAAGCAAAACAGCUUACGAAUUCGUAUUCAGCGAUCCAAAAUCUAUGAGAAAUACGCACAUGUACAUGUGUAAUAUGCAUUACAGGUAUCCAUAAUUUUUCAUAUGGCAGUGAAUGUACGUUUUGACGAAGAAAUCAAAGUUUCUACAUUAAUAAACAUUAACGCUAUCGCUACCAUCUUAAAACUGGCAAAACAUAUGACAAAUUUAAAGGCAUUUAUUCACGUAUCAACUAUAUAUGCAAAUUGUCAUGUGAAUCAUAUCGAAGAACGAUUGUACUACUACCCUAUUAAUUACAGAACUCUUAUUACGAUCACAAACAGCUUACCCGAAAGUGUGAUCAAAAAGAAUAUAUCCAGGUAUGUAAUCUGCAAUAUAAUAAAAUUAUUAAAUAAAUACGAGGUAUGUUCGGAAAGUAAGGUUACGACAAAUAUUACAAAUCAAAAAAUGUGAACUUAUUUGUGAAACUUACAUGGAAUGUUACGUAGGUAUGUAUCUAUUUUUCAACAUAGUCACCAUUCAUUUCCUUACAUUUA